AUGGGAAAAGCUACAUCUUCACCCUCGCAUCAUGAAAAACAAAUUAAUACAAUAGGAUAUUCUUAUGCUGGAGUGUGGCCAUUGGCAAUCUUUGAAGGAAACUAUGAAUUGGCUGAAUUCAUUUACAAUCAUAUAAGAAAGAGUCCCAUUGACUUCUUUUUUAGUCUUCGUCUCAUUUCGUUGUAUUUUGAAACUUUUGAGGCGGUUGUCAAACAGAAUAGAAUCGAUCAUAUCAAGGUCAUGGAUAGAGAUUAUAAGUUGAAUCUUCGGUGGGAAAGGGUGCAGAAAUAUCCUUUAUCGCAAUCGGUUAAAUCAAUUGGCAUCGUGGCAAAGCAUGGAUUCGUUGAAGGUAUCGAUUACUUUCUAACAACCUAUGAAUAUGUAGAUAUUACGUUCGCAUUGCGCAAGGCUAUAGAAUUCAGACAUCUCGAUGUGUUUCGAAUCAUAUGCGAGAAGAUACCGACAAGCAUAUGGAAUUUCAAUGAAAUACUUCAAAAAGCCGCUUUCACUGGACAAAGAGAAAUGGUUGAAUGUCUAUUGGAUCAUGGAAUACCUUUAUAUCGUUAUGGACGUGAUAUAAUUAGAUGCAAUGACAUAGAGAUCUACAAAUUACUUUAUUUGUAUAGAAUAAGCGAGUUUAAAGUAGAAAUUCUACACAAUAUUUUAAGUAAUAGAGUUAGUUUGCCUCUCAUAGAGUUCAUGUAUGAGAAUAGAUCAGACAAAUCAGUAGAUCCUUUUCGAUACUAUCCGGUAGAUCUAUUCUAUAUUAUAAUUGAACAAGACUCUUUCGAUAAGUUACAAUUCUUCAUAAAAGUACGAGAGAGUGUAUGUUAUUAUACAUUGAUAAUCACUGCUGUAAGGUUCAAGAGAAGUGAUAUGCUACGUUUUAUAAUCACUUCAAGAAAUAACGAAAAUAGAAAAAGAUAUCGAAAUAUCGAAACAGCAGAACGUCUUCAAAACAGAGCAAUCUCUUCACUCCAACAAUAUGGUAGAUGCGAUACCCUAGUUGAAGAAAUAACGAAUGACAUUCUAAAUGUUAAACUAUCAUAA